UAUUUAAAGCGCCAGGCUGCAUCCAAUCCCCCCCGUGCCUUUCCCCCCUCCACUGACUGCCCUCUGCGGUUUUACCCCUCCAUCCUCCCGUGAACCCCACUUGGAUUCCCUUUACCUGCUUUUGCUGCCCUUGUCUUUAAAGCAGUAGCUUCCCUCAGCUUCCUUCUCUGCAAUUCUUUCCCACCAACAUCACCAAACACACAAACACCAACCACAUCACAAAUCACAUAAAAUGGGUGUUACCAAGACGACUCACCAGGCCGGAUCGGGCGCCAUCCCAAAGCCCGGCCAGACUGUCACCAUUGAGUACACUGGCUUCCUCAAGGAUACCUCCAAGCCCGACAACAAGGGCAGCAAGUUCGACUCCUCCGUCGGCCGCGGCGACUUCGUCACCAGAAUUGGUGUCGGCCAGGUCAUCAAGGGCUGGGAUGAGGGUGUCACCCAGAUGAACGUCGGUGAGAAGGCCACUCUCGACAUCACCAGUGACUUCGCCUACGGCGAGCGCGGCUUCACCGGCCACAUUCCCCCCAACGCCGACCUCAUCUUGUAAGUUUCGACCCUGCAGGAGACCUUGCCAACGCAGCACUCUGCAUCAGCAAGCACAUUGCUGACCACAUCCCACAGCGACGUUGAGCUGAAGAAGGUCC